AUUAUUCACUUUAGCUCAUUACAGUCCUUGCUUUAUUUUUUCUUUAUCUCAAAACCGUAUCAGUCGGAUCAUCAACGAAACGCAUCGCCUUCUCUGGCCUCUCUUCUGCAGAGAGUCAACUGACCACAGAAUCCUCUAGUGAUUAUGGAUGAUGAAAUUUGGACAAUUGGCCUUUUAGCCUCCUCACAAUGCCUUAAAAUUUAAUGCAUCCUCACGUUUUCAUCUGAUAAGAUUACUCCAUUGUAUCCCCGCUCAUCACUUUGUGCUGUAACUUGCAUCCACCAUGGGUCGAAGAAAGAUCCCAAUUAAGAAAAUUGCUAGUACUGUCACUCUCCAAACAACAUAUACGAAGCGCAGAGAUGGGAUUUUAAAGAAGGCCAAUGAAUUAUCUAUAUUAUGUGAUGCAGAUGUUGGUCUUCUCAUGUUUUCUCCGACUGGUAGAUUGACUAAGUUUUCUAGCUGUGGAAGUAUUGAGGAUAUGUUUCUUCGCUAUAUUGAUCAACAUGAUGAAUGCCAAGGACCGGUCGAAAAUGAAGAGCGUUUGUACCGGAGCCUCAAGCAUUCAAAAUAUGAAGAAGAAAUGCUGGAAAUGAUAGCAAAAAAGGAGGCACUUGAGAGAAAACUUCUUGAGCUCAAUAAAAGGCACGAUGAGGUUGAGGAAAAGAUGAGCUUUUAUCAACCCAAAGUGGAGAACAUCAACACCAUUCGUGAAGCGAAUAUGUGUCAACAACACCUUAAUGAUGCUAUUCAACGUGUAGAGAAGCUGAAAGAAAAGUUGCAGUGAAUCCACGGUUGAGGAGUUCAACAAGAAAUCCAUGGGAUAAUCACCUUGAAGAAACAAACUAGCCCACCGGAUCCCACAUAAACAUUGAAUUCUUGCAAGAACAGAAGCAGAGGUAGAGGAUUGACCUCAUCUUUGACCCAAGUUUAUGCCUUUCAGUUUCAGGGGAUUGCGCUUCAAUUUUACUCUCACCCAAAUGCGUAAUAUUUUGAUGUUGCAAGUUUAUUUGAAUAUAGUUUACCGUGUAAGUUUCAAGUA